UGCUCAACUACUAACUGCCAAUGCACUGGCUGUUCACACUAAAUGGCCUCCUUGGGAUAAUCAUGUAGUGAUAGAAAUUGGAUUUUAAAUUUUCUUUUGAAAUAACGCGUUCUCUUAUUGUGUAACCUUGUCUUUCUUUCGAACUACGAUUACCAUGAAAGUAAAUGAGAGGAAAUAGUGAAAUGACGUAUGAAACCAGUGCUUAGCAAUUUAAGGUAGCUUAUAAAUUUAUAGAAAUGUCAUAAUAGGAUUUCGGAAUCUCACCUGGAAAGAUAAGAGACUAAUUGGUUACUUCCUAAUAUAGAAGGUGAACAGAGAUUCACACAUAAUGGUAUAAAUAUGAGCUAUAUAUGGUUAUUACUUAAAUAUAAUCUAUUCCGAGUAGCAAUAGAACGUAUUUUAUAUCCAAACUAGUUUUGUCCAUUAUCAAAACACCAAAAGUACCGGCCGUUAUGGAGUUAUGAAUAUUCAUUCAUUCAUUAUCCAAUUUCUUAUCAGGUUAUCAGCUCACCAAAAAUUUAUAGUCAUUCGGGUAAUGCGCUUAGUGGAUGUCAAUUCAACAUUCGCUCGGGUAAAUCUUCGUCUUCAUACCAAAUAUUGACAAUGGCCAUAUUUGCUAUGGGCUCCCUAUGAGAUAAUCAGUGAACAUGACAAAAGAUUGCUCAAAGUUAGGAGAUAACGAUAGUAACUUGAAUGAAGCUGUCGAUAGUAAAACAGCUGAAGCUGAAUAUGAUCGAUCAAUCUUAGCUGAGGAAAAGAGAGUGCUUAGAAAGAUAGACCUGAGAAUUCUAAGCUUAACUGCCUUAGCAUAUCUACUCAAUCUUAUAGAUAGAACCAACUUAGCGAAUGCUAAAAUCAUGAAUACUGAUACUGACUCAUCUAUGGUCGAGCAACUGGAUUUACAUGGAAAUAGGUAUGGAAAUGUGAUCACCGCAUUUUACUGUGCUUUCAUCGUGGCGGAAAUUCCUAGCAACCUGAUUAUGAAGAAAAUGAGGCCAUCUUUACAUAUCUCUCGCAUUGUCGUUGGUUAUGGCAUAGUUACUUGCUGCUCUGCAGCCGUACAAUCGUUCGAAGGUCUUCUUAUUAGCCGAUUCUUUUUAGGAAUUGCUCAGGCUGGAUUCUAUCCAGGUAUCUUGUAUUACUUUUCUCUGUGGUACAAUGACGAUGAAAGAGCUUUCAGGUUUGCAUUUUUCGUCUCUUUCUCAAGUCUUUCGACUGCAUUUUCCGGUUUAUUAGCAACCGCGUGUUCUUAUCUUAAUGGUUUAGGACACCCCGCACUUGCUGGGUUUAGAUGGCUUUUCAUACUUGAGGGUAUUCCAACUAUUAUUUUGGGCGUGUGUAUCUUUUUCAUGCUGCCUGAUUAUCCAGAAAGCGCCAAAUUCCUUACGCCAGACGAGCGCACGAUUGCAACUAAAAGAUUAGGUGAUUCGGUCGUGAAUAACGAGGAAGAAUUUAAGAUGUCGUCAGUUUGGGGUGUUUUAAAACAAUGGGAUUUCUGGUUCAUUGCAAUUAUGUGGAUGCUAUUGGCACAUGGGACAGCCGCGUUUUUCUUCUUUGCACCUACUAUCAUAAAUGAUUUGGAUGCCAGCUUUCAGGGGGUGAAAGCGCAGCUUCUAUCAGUCCCACCGUCAAUAUUAGCUUGCUUGAUGACGAUUGCUUGUGGGUUUUUAUCGGAUAGAGUCAAGAAUAGACCACUUUUCAUUAUAAUUGGCGUUGCUUUUGUCACUGUAGGGUAUCUUAUUCUAGCAGUCGACAAGAAUGUAUUAGUUGGACGGAUGGCUGCGGUAUUCUUGAUUGCCCUCGCAAAUGUAGCUAUUAUUCCUGUUGCUGCCUACAGAGUUAGUAUACAAAGUAUGAGAGGAGCUGAUAGUACCGCUAUAGGUUUCGCUAGUAGUGCUACCGUCGCCAUAUCAAACAUUUCUGGUAUUACAGCACCAUUAGUUUUUGACAGUGGCAUGAGAUUUGAUUACAUUUGCUAUACAAUCAUGUCUUUUUUUUUGACAGCAGGUAUCCAAGCAAUGGUCUGCUGGUUCUGGUACGGACCUGGCGUUACUACAGUCAAUAAACAACAAUCAGAUAAAGCUGCUGAUAAGGAGGGGAACACUUGCUAGUGUUUUACUUUUUUAUUCCACAAUUAGGAUAUUUAUACUAGAAUUACAUCGCACCAAAGUUGCCUCUGCUUAGUUUUGUAAUGAUUUUCUAUUUAUUUUAAUGAAUACAUGCGUCUCCGAAAC